CGCUGGCGGAGAGGCGCGCGCUGCUUCAGCACUCGGUCAGAACGCGAGGCGCGCGCGCUUGACUCGGAGGUGGAGGAGAACGUUGCAGCCGGAUGAGGAGCAGAACUUCAGUGUCACACCUUCUCCGUGCUUGAAUGCUGCUGUUGUUGUUGUUGUUGAACAUGAGCUCGGUGCUGGACGACUGAUUUUUUUUUUUUACGCGUCGCCGGAUCGAGCGAACAGACGAAGAGAGAGAGAGAGAGAGAGAGAGAGAGAAAAGAAAGCGCGCGCAUCGGAGAGGAUAUUUACGCCGAAGCGUUUCGCGUGUUUUGAGGUGCGGCGUGUUUCGCCUGGCUCAGGAGCCUCUCUCCGAGAGUGUUUCACCAACAAGAACAACUUCAAUCCCGAAGAAACGUCUGGUUUGCAAGUUUGCAUCACCUCAUCAUUUUCAUCACAUUGUAAAGUUUUGGUUGAAGCGGAGCGACUGACGCGCGCGCGACUCUGAACGCAGGCUGUGUGAUGCGUGUCCGCCGGCGGGUUUCUCCCGGUCCUGUCAUGGGGAAAACUAGUGAAAAGACUGCGAGAGGAGAAAGAGGGUGUACUGGAUUCUUAGUGCACGUCAGUAUAACAGUUUUUCUGCUCGCCGUCUUCGUCAGCACCAGUAGAGCUCAAGAUGAUGACUACUUGGGAUUGGGCGAGCUUCCCGAGACCUUCCCUUCAGACCCGCCUGAGCCACUCCCCCACUUCCUGAUGGAGCCCGAGGAGGCCUACAUUGUCAAAAACAAACCAGUCAAUCUAUACUGCAAAGCCACGCCUGCCACGCAGAUCUACUUCAAGUGCAACAGUGAGUGGGUGCCCCAGAAGGAGCACACGGUGGAGGAGCGCGUGGACGAGACCUCCGGUCUGGUGGUGAGGGAGGCGAGCAUCGAGAUCACACGGCAGCAGGUGGAGGAGCUCUUCGGCCUCGAGGAUUUCUGGUGCCAGUGCGUGGCCUGGAGCUCAGCCGGUACCACAAAGAGCCGCAAGGCCCACGUCCGCAUUGCCUAUCUCCGAAAAUCCUUUGACCAGGAGCCUUUGGGGAAAGAGGUGUCUCUCGAACAGGAAGUGCUCCUCCAGUGCCGUCCACCUGAAGGAGUUCCUGCUGCAGAGGUCGAGUGGCUGAAGAACGAAGAGGUCAUUGACCCUGCGGACGAUCGUAACUUUUACAUCACUAUCGACCACAACCUGAUCAUCAAACAGGCUCGCCUGUCCGAUACCGCUAACUACACCUGUGUAGCCAAGAACAUCGUGGCCAAGAGGAGGAGCACCACAGCCACUGUUAUAGUCUAUGUGAACGGAGGCUGGUCAACAUGGACCGAGUGGUCGGUGUGUAACAGUCGCUGUGGGAAAGGCUUCCAGAAGAGGACUCGGAGCUGCACCAACCCAGCGCCCCUCAAUGGGGGAGCCAUAUGUGAAGGCCAAGCCAUUCAGAAACUGGCCUGCAACCCGUUAUGUCCAGUGGACGGUUUGUGGACAGAAUGGAGUAAAUGGUCAACAUGUGGAACAGAGUGCACCCACUGGAGGAGGAGAGAGUGCAGCGCGCCGGCUCCGAAAAACGGCGGCAAGGACUGCGAGGGCAUGGUGCUCCAAUCCAAGAACUGUACCGAUGGCCUGUGCAUGCAGAGUUCCCUAUAUCAGAAGUCCUCUGAACCAAAAGGCAAGAGUGAUGAUUAUGGAUAUCCAUCCGCCCCAAGCACAGACGAUGUGGCUCUCUACGUGGGCAUUGUCAUCGCCGUAAUCAUGUGCUUAGUCAUCUCUGUCAUCGUGGCCCUCUUCGUUUACCGCAAGAACCAUCGCGACUUCGACUCGGACAUCAUCGAUUCCUCGGCUCUCAACGGCGGCUUCCAGCCUGUCAGCAUCAAGACCGCUCGCACAGCAGAUCUCCUGACCGCACCCCCUGACCUGACCUCGGCGGCGGCCAUGUAUCGUGGUCACGUCUAUGCCCUUCAUGACGUGGCUGACAAAAUCCCCAUGACUAACUCUCCUCUGCUCGACCCCCUUCCCAACCUGAAGAUAAAAGUUUACAACUCGUCAGGCACGGUGACGCCGCAGGACGAGCUUUCCGACUUCUCGUCCAAACUUUCUCCCAAGCUGGCGCACUCGCUCAUCGACAGCGACACCAUGGGACGACGCACUCAAAGCCUGGUGCGCUCCCGAGACCCAUCCUGCACCGCUUUCGGCUCCUUCAACUCACUCGGAGGACACCUCAUUGUGCCCAACUCAGGCGUGAGCUUGUUGGUGCCAGCGGGUGCUAUCCCUCAGGGACGGGUGUAUGAGAUGUACGUGACGGUGCACAGGAAGGAGACAAUGAGACCUUCAGUGGACGAUACUCAGACUGUUCUGAGCCCAGUGGUGAGCUGUGGGCCACCAGGAGCUCUCCUCACCCGGCCGGUCAUCAUCACCAUGCACCACUGUGCUGAAGCCGACAACGAUGAUUGGCUGAUUCAGCUGAAGAGCCAGUCGCAGCAUGGCCAAUGGGAGGAUGUGGUAGUGGUGGGGGAGGAGAACUUCACCACACCAUGCUACAUUCAGAUGGACGAGGAGGCGUGUCACAUCCUGACCGAGACGCUGGGGACGUACUGUUUAGUGGGUCAGUCAGUGAGCGCAGCCACCACCAAGAGACUGAAGCUGGCUGUGUUCGGCCCCGUCACCUGCACCGCCCUCGAGUACAACAUCCGCGUGUACUGCCUGGACGACACGCAGGACGCCCUCAAAGAGGUGCUGCAGAUGGAGAAGCAGAUGGGUGGGAAGCUCCUGGACGAACCAAAGACCCUGAACUUUAAGGACAGCACCCACAAUCUGCGUUUGUCGCUGCAUGACGUCCCGCACACGCAGUGGAAGAGCAAACUGCUGGCCAAGUACCAGGAGUUGGCGUUUCAGCAGGUAUGGAGUGGUUCUCAGAGGAACCUGCACUGCACCUUCACUCUGGAGCGCUUCAGUGCUGCGACGGUGGAGCUGGCCUGUAAACUGUGUGUGCGCCAGGUGGAGGGUGAGGGCCAGAUCUUCCAGCUCAACACCACGCUGUUGGAGGACUCACAGUGUAUUGAUACGUCUCUGCUGGACCCGGCGAGUAACAUCACCACGCUGGUGGGCCCCAACGCCUUCCGUAUCCCUCCAUCCAUUCGGCAGAAGCUGUGCAGCAGCCUGGACGCCCCUCAGACCCGUGGCAAUGACUGGAGGAUGCUGGCACACAAACUCAACCUGGACAGGUACCUGAAUUACUUUGCCACUAAGUCCAGUCCAACCGGUGUGAUUUUGGAUCUGUGGGAAGCUCAGCACUUCCCCGACGGCAACCUGAACCGAUUGGCUGCCGUGCUGGAGGAGAUGGGUCGCCAUGAGAACAUUGUCCCCAUGGCAACCGAGCACUGAUGCCCGUCAGCCACAGCGGAUGACGGAAGGAGUGAUGGGUGAAUAACUGGGGGAAGGAGAGCAGAGGACUGGAACACAGCAGCGGGACACACGGGCACGGUGGCUUUUCCCUCGCAGCUUUACGCAGGGGGAGUCGAGCGGUGACUCACAAACGCUUUCGUUACCACGGCGACGUGUACAACUACAAAAAUAUAGAGGACCAGAAUGGAGAAAAUUCAGGAGAUAUUGUACUUUAAGCCCUGUCUGUACACUUCCUGGUACAGUCUGUUUUCUUUUUCUUUUUGGUUCCUGUUUUGUUUCUUUUCUUUUCUUUUUUUUUUUACUAUUUGUCAAAUCAGUUUCUUAGGAAACGCGUGACUUCUGCUGUCCAGAUAUUGGACCUUGUCCAGUUUUUUCUCUAACAUAUGGGAUAAUCAGUAAUAGACAGUGAGUUUUGUGUGUGUGUGUGUGUGUGUGUGUGUGUGUUUAGGCAAGGCCCCAGGUAAGAGGAAUCAAAAGCAUUGAAAUCCCUCGAGUGCCACCAACCCGUGUCAGUCCUUAACGCUUUCCCAUUAAAAUUGAUAAAGUUGAUAAAAAUGUUCCCUUUAUGAUGAUGAUGAUGAUGAUGAAUAUAUUUAAUAUUGCCUUUAUUUAUACUCAUUUAUUACUAUUUUCCCUCAUGCAGUGUCCCAUUAUGUAUCUUUUCCCUUAUCAUUUUUCUACCUUUUAUUUUUUUUUUUUUUAAGAAAACAAAUCCUGUAUUGUCUGCCGUGUAUGUAUUUUUUUUUUUACAGUGCCACCCAGUGGGCAUUCUCUGCAACUACAAUUUUUCAAAAAUAUGCAGCUUGUAAAUAAGCAUUCAAGACCAUUGUACAUGUAAAGUUUAACAGUGUUUAUCGUUCUCUGGUUAUUAUUUUCGGAUUAAUUGCGUUCAGUUGCAUUUGUGCUCUGUAUUUAAUCGCAACUUUAAUCGAGACAUGGAAAAAAGAAAAAUAGCAGCCAAAUGCUUGCUGUUUUUUUUUUUUGUUUUUUUUUAAUCAAGGUCACGCUUUUGGAGGUUUUGUAAACAUUUCUCCACUGUUACUGGGCCUGUGUUCUCUGUUUUAGUCUGCUGGGAGAAAUCUGACCUUGACAAAGGAAAUUAGGAAAACAGGCACGGAAAGGAAAAAAGCCACAGAUCAGUUACAGAUUUAGUCACAGUUUUUUUUCCAAAACCACAUACUAAUGCACUAAACCAUAUCAGAAAGAUUUUUUUAAUAGUAAUAAUAAUAAUAAUAAUAAUAAUAAUAAUAAUACAGACUGUUGGAUAUAUCAGAACUACAGAUUAUCAUAGUAAAUAGUAUUGUAGACAGAAUCUGUACACCUUGGCUACGUCCAGAAUACCAGCUGUGGGCGAUAUGACAAAAAUAUCAUAUCAUAUAUAAUCACACUUGAAGCCAUUUAUAUGAUGCACAAUAAUGUAUCAUGAUAUUUGCUAAGAAAAUUACAACAAAACAGUUUUUUUUUUUUUUUUUUUUUUUUUUUACAGAAUGCCCUAAAAAUUCAAUUAUUUAACAUUGAAAGGGAGGAACGGUAAUAAAUUCUGUAAUAAAUAAAUAAACAAACAAAUAAACAAAUAAAUAAAACCCUUUUUCUCAAUUAAAAAAAUCAGUACAAAAUUUUCACAUCAAAUCAGCUGCUACCAAUCUGUUUUUAAUUAUUAAAAAAUAUUUUUAUUUACCUGAAAUCUCAGUUUAUAUCAUGAUAUUGUCCAACGGCUAAACACAGAAUGGUACUUCUGGUAACUAUAGCAACCUUUCAACUGGUUCAGUAGUGAAUCCUGUGUGCUAUUUUAUUUGUAUUUUAUUUAGUAUGUGGUUUUGACCGUCUACCACGUGGUAGUAGGAAGAUUCGGACGUAGCCAGGAGGUGAACUGAAAUGCUGUUUGAUUUUUCAUGUUUAGUUUGCGGUUUAGGGGUCUUCAUGGUGACUCAGUUGUUGUGAUUUAAGCCGAGGCAGAGCUGCUGUACAUUAGAGAGCGGACUGAUGAGAGUGCAUGUCUCCCUCUACGCAGUGUAUUUUGCAGUCGCCAAUGUCUACAUUUUUUUUUCCGCUCAGUUCAUUUUUGUUGUCCAAAUUUCUAAAGCUGUCUAUGCAACUUCUGCAUCCUUUCUAAAAAAAAAAAACCUGAACUGUACAUGCAUACAAAGCUCUAGCAGUUGCAUUCCAUAGUUCCCAUAGCUCUGGAUUAUUAUAUUUAUAGUGAGGAUGUUACUUAUUCUUUUAUGGCACGUUCAUGAUGUAAUUUGCAAAAACAAAAAAAACAAAAAAGCUUGCAUCUCCUCUGUGAAAUUUCUGUACAAAAUGUAAGAAAGAAUUUUUAAACAAGUAAUAAAUUAUAUUUAUAUGCAACACUGAA